AUGUCAAAAAAAGCCCAUAAAACUAAAAAGCUUUCCAAAAUAUCCCAAGAAACCCACUCACAAAGCACCGAGGAUCAUGAGAUUUUAAGUAAAGUUAUAGAUGAUUAUGAAGGCGACGAACGCACUAUCAUUAUAACCGUGAACUCGUUCAAAAAUAUCAAACCAACGUAUCCAAUAUCAGACAUAAAAGUCCAUUUAAAAUAUUUGAACCAAGAUUUGGGAGAAAGCCGUCCAGUUCGAGUCGUUUCCGAUGAAAAAUUACCACUUGAAGUUGGAGAUAGUGUCGAAUUGCUUAUCGACAUAGAUUCAAUGAAACAAUUGGAUUUGCUAGCUUCCAAUCCAGUUUUUAUUACUGCUUUUCAGUUAACCGGAGCUGUUGAGCCUGAUAUGUAUUCGUAUCUUCAGAAAUCGGAAGAAGAGAGCAAAGUUUCUUUGUGUGACAUUGAUAGUUUGUUUAGUAUGUAUGAGAUGUGUGAAGAGCGAGAGCCCCAAGAGAAGCCCAAAGUACAAUUGCCUCAUACGAAAACGAAGAAGAAAGGUAAGAGAUAA